UUACAUUACUCUUCAGAUCUCUCUUGAAGAGGGCUGGUAUAUUUGUGCCUGCUGGAGGUGGAAUUAACAGUAAGAAGGAGAAAGGGAUUGAGUGGAUUUACAGGAAAGAUUUCAAGUAAACUCAGGGAAGCACAUUUACAUGACUUGUACAACCUUGAGUCUUAUUUUACACUAAGACGGUACAAAAGAUGGUAAAGUUAUCACCAAGCUGCCGGACAAAUAUAUAUUCCAACACCAAGGUGCAGAUCUGCAUAGAUCUGUGAUUCAGAAAUCAGCAUCUGUCUUGAAAAGAGCACAAGGGUUGCGAAGACUCAAGAGCAAGUGAAGACACCUUGGGAGCUACAGCUUAUCAGAAGAUCAGCUUUGUUAAUUCAGAUACCAAAGGCCUGGUCAUCACAGAUUCAUAUAGGAAUGCAUAGGUCAUCUGAUCAAAUAAGAAUAGCCGUCUUCUGCUCCAUCAGUGCAGGAAAAGCUCUUAACAACUGUGGAUAAUUGGAAAUCUGAGCUUCAGCUUUCUUAGAAAUAACUACUCUUGACACAUUCCAAAAUAUUUAAAAUAGGGCAGGAAAAUCAGGGAGGAUGUUGUGUUCAGAAAUGUCACUGUCAUGAAGAAUAGGUAAAUUUGCUUUUACAGCUACUGGGAAAGUAUACCUCCUAGGAAUUUCGGAUACUUUUUAAAGUGGACAAGAAAGACUAAAAAUAUCAACUUCUGCCUUUGGACAAAAAUGCCUCUGACUGUGUUUUUACUCAGGGGUGUUGUGGGUUUCCUCGGGAGCUGCUGGGCGCUGGUGGGUUCCGCAGCAGGAGGUUUGGGAGACGACCACGUUCACUCCAGUUUUAUUUAUAGAAGACUGCGGAACCACGAAAGACGGGAAAUCCAGAGGGAAAUUCUCUCUAUCUUGGGUUUGCCUCACAGACCCAGACCUUUUUCACCUGGAAAACAAGCUUCCUCUGCACCUCUCUUCAUGCUGGACCUGUACAAUGCCAUGGCCAACGAAGACAACCCCGAAGAGUCGGACUACUCCACAAGGGGAUCACUGGCAGGAGAGGCCAGAGGGCCGAGGAGAGGGCACCCAGCCUCUCCCAAUGGGUACCCGCGCCGCACGCAGCUAUCUCGAGCCACGCCGCUGACCACUCAGAGUCCUCCUCUGGCCAGCCUACAUGAUACCAACUUUCUGAACGAUGCUGACAUGGUCAUGAGCUUCGUCAACUUAGUUGAAAGAGACAGGGAUUUCUCUCACCAGAGAAGGCAUUACAAAGAAUUUAGGUUUGAUCUGACUCAAAUUCCUCAUGGAGAAGCAGUGACAGCAGCUGAGUUCCGGAUAUACAAAGACAAGAGCAGCAGUCGAUUUGAAAAUGAGACAAUUAAGAUCAGCAUAUAUCAGAUCAUCAAGGAAUACAUGCACAGGGAUGCAGAUCUGUUCCUGUUAGAUACAAGAAAAACGCAGGCUGUAGAUGUGGGCUGGCUUGUCUUCGAUAUCACGGUGACCAGCAAUCACUGGGUGAUCAAUCCACAGAACAAUCUGGGCCUACAGCUCUGUGCAGAGACGGGGGAUGGACGCAGUAUCAACGUGAAGUCCGCGGGCCUCGUCGGCAGACACGGGCCUCAGUCUAAGCAGCCAUUCAUGGUGGCCUUCUUCAAGGCCAGUGAGGUUCUCCUUCGGUCUGUGAGAGCUGCCAACAAGCGGAAAAAUCAAAGCCGCAAUAAAUCCAGCUCUCAUCAGGACUCCUCCAGGAUGUCCAGUGCUGGAGAUUAUAAUACAAGUGAACAAAAGCAAGCCUGCAAAAAGCACGAGCUCUACGUGAGUUUCCGGGACCUUGGAUGGCAGGACUGGAUUAUAGCACCAGAAGGAUAUGCUGCAUUUUAUUGUGAUGGGGAAUGUUCUUUUCCACUCAAUGCUCAUAUGAAUGCCACCAACCACGCCAUUGUUCAAACUCUGGUCCAUCUGAUGUUUCCCGACCAUGUACCAAAGCCUUGCUGUGCUCCAACCAAAUUAAAUGCCAUCUCUGUUCUGUACUUUGAUGAUAGCUCCAAUGUCAUUUUGAAAAAAUAUAGAAAUAUGGUAGUGCGCUCAUGUGGCUGCCACUAACAUUAAAUACUUAUGGUAAUAACAAAAAUACUUGUAUUAAGGUUUAUGACUGCAAUAAAGAGCAGACAAAAGGGCGAUUUCCUAAAUUAGUCUGAAUUAUUUCAUCUUUCUUCAUAUGUAUAAUAUGUAUAUAGUCAUUUUUAUUUAUUUGAAAGUAUACAUCCUCCUUUGCAGAUGCCUUAUCAGUGAAAUCUAAUUUUCGUUCACUAUGUUAUACAAUAGAUCAUUCAGUCUAACUUUCAAUGGGGAUACACUGAAUCCAGUUUUAUUCUGCUUCAAUAUUUUUCCAAUACAAUUUUUAUAUAAUUUUCUGAGACUAAACAGACCCCCUUUGACUGUUUAAUAUUGCUCAAGGAAAUUGAAUACAUUUGGUUAUCUUGUGCCAAUGAAAACUAUGAUAGGAUAUUUAUUUAGAAAUAAAACUUAAAAAAAUAAGAAUCCAAACAAAGAAUGCUUGGAUAAACAUAUUUUUUUUCUCUCAGACUUUCAGCUUUAUUAGAUAAAGUAAAGUGUUAAACUGGAUUUGAAUAAAUAAAUGGUAGGCAGGAUGUAGAAGCUGAGAGAUUGCACACAAUUGUUGUAACUGUUUGCUUUAAGAAAGUUAGUGUAACUGUAGGAGUAUAUUCCUUCUUGGCUUAUGAGCUGAAGAUUUUUCCAGGAGCUCAAAGUUUCAAGAAUUCUAUGGAGACAGGCUUUAGCUGUGUCCAUAACUUUCCAAAUUAACACUUAAAAAAAUUGUAGUGCAACCUUCUUACCUCAAAUAAAUCAUGCAUGUCUGCCAUUAUCUAGAACACUACUGCUGCAGAUUUUUUUUUUCAGAUUUAAAAACUUCAUCCAAAAUAAAGAAACAUUUACAUGUGCUCACUUCCAUCCCCACAGAGUCCCCACAUGCCUAAAAAGUGCCGGAGUUGGAGGGUGCUGACACAGCCAGCUUCUUUGCUCUCUUUUAUAACUGAAUUUGUUGAUUGAUGUGAUGCAAGGAAUUUUAUUUGGGGUAAAAGUACUGAAACUAAACUGAAGGAAAUUACCAAAAAUCCCAGAAUGGCUUUGACAGACUUGCCAUUUGAAAAGAACAGCUGAGAUCCAUUUUUCAUAUCUGUGAGAAUGAACUCAAUGCAAACCUUAUUUUGUGAAGGGAUUUCAUAAACCUUCCUCCAAGCACAAAUAAUUCCAAAUGGGAAGGUUCUCUUGUGACUGUGUGUAAGUGUUUUUGCUUCUGAAAUUAAUGUAUUUUCUCUCCAUUGAAAUGCCUUCUAAGGUCUUUCUUUAACAUACACUGACUUUUUGAGGAAUGACCUUUGGUUUGAUCAGUUACUACUUAUGGUAAUUCUAUGGUUAAACUUAUUUACAGUUCAUCUAAAAUAUUCAGAAAGAACCAUUCAAUAAUCUCCCUUUUGGAUUUUUCAGACAAAAUUUUAACAGUAAUUGAUUCCAAAUCAUUAUGGCUUGUUUGUAAUUCAGGUAUUUUAUAAUAUUGUUUUAAAAUACAGUUUAUCUUGUAGAAAAUGUGGCAUUAAAUAUAUUGGGGAUACAUUAAGUAAUAUAUUUUCAAUUAAUAGUGUCCUACAGUGAGAAUAAGAAAUAGAAAUUUAUAAUAUUGUUCUUUAAAUGUACUGUUUAAAUAUAUUUCUAUAUUUUAAAAUAUAUUAAACUUGUGAUGCUAGUUUCUAUUGUGCUUCUUGAUUUGGUCCUUUAAGAGAAUUAUAAAUGUAACUACAUCAUAAAAUUUACAAUAUAAAUAUAUUUAUCAGUUGUAAAAUGUUUCUAAAUUACUACAUGAUAUGUGAUGUUGUUUUCAAUUACCAAAACAGUGUUCUUGUAUUUUUAUAGUUAAUUCAUUAUUAAAUGAACAAAGCACCAA